UGUCAUUAUGAGAUUGAUUACAGAUUAAAGAUACUGGGAUUUGAUUGAGACUUACCAUUUCAUGGAUCCCAUGCCAUAGGAAUUGGAUGCAAUCUUUAACGUCAAAAAGCAACAACAAGAGCACAACUAAAAAAAAUGUGCUUAGGUUGUCAAAAAAAGGUUCUCUUCAGACAAAUAUCUGAUUGCUGACAGGAUAAAAAAUCUGGUAUAAUCACAUUUGCACCUUUAAAACCUGAAUCAACUUUCAUGUUGCAAUUGAAGCACUGAUGUGAAAAGAAGAAAAUAAAAUCCAAGGCUACCUUUAGGAGGUGAAAUCGAAUAGUCGUGAAUUUUCAUUAAAAUUUCUCAAAAUGGAAAAGGUAGGGUGUAAUGGGUGCUCUCCUCUUGCUUACAAGCUUUUAUUCUCAUGCCCUUUUGGUCUGUCUCUGCCACAGCUGUCUGUGGUUUUUGACGAAUCAUAUGAUAGAAUUCCUCAUUCAGACAUGAAUUUGGAGAAUUCCAUUUCUGAGAUAUGGGAUCAGAGGGUUCAGAAAAAUGAAUCUUUAUUCAAUGGCAAGAAAUUUAGGUAUGGAGGAUAUAGUCAGAAGAGUGGAGAUGGAUCAAACGAAGAGUCAUUUGUAUGCCUCCACCUUGGAUUGACAGAUUAUAGAACUUUUGUGGGUACAAAUUUGAAUCCUUUGUGGGAAAAAUUCUUGGUUGCAUCAGAAGAUGACUCAACACAGUGUCAACACACCUCAAGCCCGGUAGGUAAUGGUGCAAUUGUGGAGACAUCUGACAAGAAAAUAUUGGUGCUGCAAAGAAGUAAUAAUGUUGGUGAAUUUCCUGGGCAUCUUGUUUUCCCAGGAGGCCACCCUGAGCCUCAAGAAGUUGGAAUAGAAACACACAAAUGCAGCAAGGACUCAAAAGAUUAUGAGCUUGUUAAUAAAAGGGUUUCUGAAGAGAUGUUUGAUAGUAUUAUUCGUGAAGUUGUUGAGGAAAUCGGAGUACCAACUACAUCCCUGUCGGAUCCACUUUUUAUUGGCAUGUCUCGUAGGGUUUUGAAUGUUAGACCAGCUAUCUUUUUCUUUAUUAAAUGUAGUCUCGAAUCAAAAGAAAUUCAGCAACUGUAUUCUAAAGCACAAGAUGGCUAUGAAUCCACUCAACUUUAUACAGUCUCACCGAUUGAACUAGAUAGUUUGACAUCAAAAAUGCCUGGCUGCCAUCAAGGUGGGUUUGCUCUCUAUAAACUGAUGGUUGAAGCCUUGAAGAAUAUCUGAUGAUGGUUCAAUGCUGCUGGUCUGUUGAAGAUUUCACCUCUUUAUUUUCAGUUUCUUCAGUUAGUAAUUUUUGGAAGAAAUGUUAUAUUGCUAAUACGCUUGCUUAAGGACAAACUACGGCUAUGCAGCAAAUGCAUCACUCUAUAUAUUUCUAUCUUAAUUUUGCUAUUUGAUGUCGAAGCAACAUUCUAUCAAUAAAUUUUGAUGAAAUAAUAUCAUUUCAACUGCUUUCAGUGAAUUUCCAAGCUAGUUCCAAGCAAUCCGGUGUUUGUUCAAUUAAUUAUGGACAUUGAAUAGAUGCAUUUUAUAUAGCAGUCUGUCAGAAUAUAUGAACAAUAC